AUCACUAAAGACUCGCCACGCCGUCGGACCCGCAACUCUCCGCUCAGAGUCUCAAACGCCACGACAGGGUGACACCCCACAGCUCCACCGCUCAAAGGUCAGCCAUCCCCGCAACCUGACUGUCCUCCUGGUCUCUUGACUGGCCACAGACUCUCCUUCGUGGUGGUUGUGUACGGGGUUGUUGAAAUCCAUUUAUAUACAGUGCUAAUUUCAGAGGAAUUCCCAGGCAUGCAUCACCACACUAAGAACAAAUCAACCCACAAGAAAAAGGUUGCUAUAGUCGGAGGCGGUUUGGUUGGUGCGUUAAAUGCGUCCUUCUUUGCAAAGAGAGGAUUUGAGGUUGUGCUUUUUGAAUCCCGAGAAGAUAUUCGUUAUGCCAAGACAGUGCAGGGCAGGAGCAUUAAUCUAGCCCUCUCCUACAGGGGGCGCCAAGCUUUGAGCCACAUUGGCAUAGAAGAGAAGAUUGUCUCCCAGGGCAUCCCAAUGCAUGGUCGUAUGAUCCACAGUACGAGUGGGAAAUGUUCCCCCAUACCUUAUGGGAAGAAGGGCCAGUACAUCCUCUCUGUGGGCAGAGCCAACCUCAAUAAGGAGCUACUUACAGUGGCUGAAGCCUAUCCAAACACAGAGCUGAACUUCAGUCACAAACUGCUCGACUGGAGCCCAGAAACGGGGACCAUGACCUUUCUCGGGCCUGAUGGGACUGAGAGGGACGUCCAGGCUGAUCUCAUCGUGGGCUGCGACGGGGCCUUCUCUGCCACCCGGAAGCAGUUUUUGCGUCGGAGUCGCUAUAAUUACAGCCAGACCUACAUCCCCCAUGGCUACCUGGAGCUCACCAUGCCUCCCAGGAACGGGGACUUUGCAAUGAAGCCCAAUUUUCUCCACAUCUGGCCCAGAAACACUUUCAUGAUGAUUGCUCUGCCCAACAUGGACAAGACGUUCACCUGCACACUCUUCAUGCCCUUCGAGAAUUACGAGAAGAUCACCACGGGAGAAGAACUGAUCAACUUCUUUCAGAAGUACUUUUCCGAUUCCAUCCCUCUGAUAGGAGUUGAUGCUCUGAGGAGGGACUUCUUCCGCCUGCCUGCUCAGGCCAUGGUGUCGGUGAAGUGCUCCCCGUACCACCUGCUGGACAAGUGCUUGCUCUUAGGUGACGCAGCCCACGCUGUGGUGCCGUUCUACGGCCAGGGUAUGAAUGCGGGCUUUGAAGACUGCCUGGUUUUUAAUGAGAUAAUGGACGAGUUAAAUGAAGACUUUGCUGCCGUGCUCCCAGAAUACUCAAGAGUCCGUGUUCCAGAUGAUCAUGCCAUCGCGGACUUGGCUAUGUACAACUAUAUUGAGAUGAGAUCACACGUGAAUUCCAGGUAUUUCCUAUUCCGCAAAUAUUUGGACAACGCACUCCACUUUAUCAUGCCAAGGACAAUCAUCCCGUUGUAUACCAUGGUCACCUUCACCAGAACACGCUAUCAUGAAGCUGUGAUCCACUGGAAAUGGCAGAACAAGGUGAUCACUCAGGGGCUGUGGAUCUUUGGGACAGUUUCAGUAAUAGGAGGGGUAUGUCUGCUUCUCAAAAUCGGUCCCAAAAAGCCCAGCGUUGCGGUGGAGCAGCUCUGGAAUCGGGGCCUUGCCCUCAAGUUCUUCCAAAACUAAGUGUCCAGGAAGUGCCCAUCAUCGGGUGAUACUAAAGCUCUCUUUGAUCCCAGUGGGAGCUCCGUCUUUUUCAUUCUAUCUUCAGUCUAAAAUUUGGAGACAUUAAUAAUGCUCCAUGAACGUGAAUUACAGCUAAUCAAUUUGGGCAGAAAAUGAGGUCAGUGGGUGUAAUUGUAUUCAGGGAAAUGACGUUGUUUAUUAAGGUUUUGAUUAAACAGUGGCCGGAAGGCUGGUCUGGACUGUGGCUUUAUAGAACAGUCCUUUGCAGCUGUAAA